AUGCAAACAAGAGAUAAUUACGGUUGUGAUGCGAUUGUUCCUAGUUGCGGUCCAAAAGGUAAAUGCUGUGAUCGACAUGAUGCAUGUUUUAAGCAACAUCGCUGCCGUGCAAACAGUUGGGGUUGGUCUUGGAUACCAGGUGCAGCAUUGUUCGACCCAUGUGCUCGUUGUAAUAAAGCUGUUUUCAUCUGUGUUACUACUCUGUUUUUAUGGCCUGGGCCAAGUGAAUGUUGUGGAAUUGGGAAUUGCGGACAACAUAGACCAAGAAAAAAAUCAUCUAGAAAUAGUGCUCGGCUUCCCUUCAAAGUGAAUAUUUGA